GGGGCGGGGCCUGGGGGAAAGGGAGGGGGGGAGGGGAGGGGGGGGGCCGAGCGCGACGGCGGCGGCAGCGCGGAGCCAUGAAGACUCCGGCGGACGCAGGCUUCGCCUUCCCGGACUGGGCGUACAAGGCGGAGUCGAGCCCCGGCUCCCGGCAGAUCCAGCUGUGGCACUUCAUCCUGGAGCUGCUCCGGCAGGAGCGGUACCGGGAGCUCAUCGCCUGGCAGGGGGACUGCGGCGAGUUCGUUAUCAAGGACCCCGAUGAGGUGGCCCGGCUCUGGGGGGUGCGCAAGUGCAAGCCCCACAUGAACUACGACAAGCUCAGCAGGGCGCUCAGGUACUACUACAACAAGCGCAUCCUACACAAGACCAAAGGCAAACGCUUCACCUACAAGUUCAACUACAAGCUGGUGCUGGUCAAUUACCCCUUCAUCGACGUGGGGCUCGCAGGCCCGCCGCUGCCGCAGAGCGCGCCCCCGCUGCCCUCGCUCGGAGGGGGGGGCGGCGGAGGGGGGGGGGGCACCCCCCAUUUCUGCUUCCCCCCCCUCCCCCCUUCCCUUGCCGGCCCCUCCCCCACCGCAUCUGAGGGGCUCUCCCCUCCCCUUCCCCCCCCACUGUGGAAGCCGCCCUCGCCCCCCCCCCCUUCCUCUUCCUCCUCCUCCUCCUCCUCCUCCUCCUCCUCCUCCUUCUCGCGCCGCCUCGGCUCCCUCAGCGACGGCUCCGAGCUCGAGGAAGGGGGGGGUGCCGGGGACCCCCUCCCCCCCUUACCCCCUCCCCCCCUCCCCCCUCUUUCGGGGGGGGGCGGGGGCAGCUUCCGGACCCCUCCCCCCCCAUCCCCACCCCCCCCGCGGGGAGGAGGUGGGGGGGGCACCGGGGGUCUCCUCCCCCCUCCCCCCUUAUCCCCGGCGCUGCCCUUGACCCCCCCCCACGUCGGUUUCGCCCCGUCCCCCACCCUGAGCCCCCUUUUCCGCGGGGGGGGGUCCCACUUCUCCUUCAGCGCCGAGGACCUGCAGAGGGCGCUAGCGGCGCAGACCCGCAGCGUUUACAGCUACCACCUGAGCCCCCGCGCCUUCCUCCCCCUGCCGGGGCUGCUGCUGCCCCCCCCCCCGCCACCGGCACCACCCCCCCCGCCUCCACACCACGCACCCCCACAUCAACAGCAGCAUCCCCCCGCUUCCGAACCCCUUUUCCCGUUCAAACUCCAGCCCCCGCCGCCGGGAAGGAGGCAGAGGGAGAAAGGCCGGGAUGCGGCGCCCCCUCCAUCAUCAUCAUCGUCAUCGUCACCUGGUGGGGGGGGUGGGGGGGGGACGGCGACGACAGCGACGGCGCAGGAGCCCCCCCAUAUCAAAGUGGAGGCGGUGUCGGAGGAGGAGACGGUGGAAGUGACGGAUGUGAGCGAGGAGGAGGAGGAGGAUGAAGUCUUCAAACCCCCCCGGCCCCGCAAUGGGGAGGAGGAGGAAGAGGAGGAAGAGGAAGCGGUGGGGGGGGGCCGGGCCGUGCCCCCUUCUCCCCCUCUCCCCCCCCAGCCUUGUGUCCCCCUUAAGCUGCGCUUUAAGCGGCGUUGGAGCGAGGAGCGGAGGAGGGGGGGGACGGAAGGGGAAAGGGAGGAAGUGGGGACCUUCCCCCCCCAUUCCAAUGAGGAUAAGAAAGGGAAAGGGGGGCCCCCAAAUCUGGGGGGGGGGGGCAGGAGGGUGAGCACCGACCUGCAGCGCGCCACGGCCCAGCUCUCCCUGGACUCAUAAU